CUGUGUGUGAUAGUUGGUGGAGGUCAGGGGACGGCCCAGGAUGAAGAUCAGUGAAGACCCAGAGAAGAGCACUGUUCCUGGGAGGAAAUCUGUUUACCGUCUGGUGGAUGCUGAGGGUCAUCCCUUUCUAGACCUCGUGUGUCUGGAGGUGGAGUCUCCUCCGGAGGCAGGAGUCCCUCUGAGCUGUUUCCCUCUGGGGAGCGAUGACUCGGCUGUCUCCAUCACUCCAGCUCAGGUCAGCUGUCUGCGUCAGGAGGUGCUCACCAGAGGACAGGUCACACACCCUCCGUGCAGCGCUGCAGAAACUAGAGCAAAGGUCCACAGCUCCCUCCAGACUCUGCACCCCAAGCACAAGAGGCUGCAUGAGCCGGACUCUUACAAAGUGGCGCUGUCAGAGAAACUCCACAACCUGGUGGCAGAGAUCCGAAGAGGCAGCUCCAACGACAGCAACUUUCUCUUAGCCAACUAAAGAUUUUUAUUUUUUGUGUUUUUACCCAAACCAGUGCAAACAUCUGUGGAGCACUGUCAUAAUGAAACCUAACAGAACUCUGCAAAUAUAUUAAAACCCAAAUGUGUCGUC